AUGAGUGAAGAGAAAGAACUGCUCGAGGAUGAAGAGUUUCUUCGCAUUCAGAGGCUGAACUCUUUGGAUAACCUUGAGAGACGGAGAUCGAUUGUUUAUGAUAAGCCUGUCCCCGAUUUGCCUGGUGAGGCCGAUGCCGAGGAGGAAAAUGAGGGGAGCGAUCGCAACAGUGAUGCAAGUAUCGCAAGCUCUGAGGAAACGAGCAAGUCUAAAGAUGAAGUUCUGACGGAAGAGAAGAAAGUUGAGAUUGAGGAUGAGAUGCUGAAACGUUACCUGACGAGUCUGCACAACAUUGAAAAGAGAAGGUACAAGAGGGACACUAACACGGCAAUUUCAUUUUUCUCAGACGUUGAUUUCGACCAAAGACCGACUCUACUGGAUGACGCUAUUGCAACACCACUAAUAUCCACAUUCGAGGGUCCAGUGUUGGAGAAACAGAUUAAGGCGUUUGAAAAGGUCAAGAGGGAAAUAAAAGAUGACCUUAAAAAAGCUGAGAGUUUGGAGGGGAAGGACAAAGUAGCCAUCCCACGGUUGGAAUUUGACUUCACUGGUCUUUACAUUAUGAUGUGGAUGAUAUUUGGAUGGAUCGCCAUUAGAGGUAUGGUUGACUACUAUGUGUUCCAUGAUGGGGACUUGAAACAUAUCUUCAUUUGGAAUUUGAUGACGGAAAAAUGGCAGAUUGUCUGGCCCCUAGACGCUGCAAUGUGGGCCACUAGUUUCAUAGUGGUUCCAAUUCAAUGGCUGGUCAAAUAUAACGUUAUAAGCUGGAACCCAUUGGGAAGAUAUCUUGUUGUUGUCUUGGAGCUCUUCCAUGUUUUCUUUUUCAAUCAUCUGGCCCACAACGUCUUUUGCCUGAACUGGAUCUCCAGGAUCUUCUUCUUCCUCCACUCAAUUGUCUUCAUUAUGAAAAUGCACUCCUUUUCAUUUUUCAACGGCUACCUAUGGAAUAUCAAAAGGGAAUACGAGUAUUCGACGAAGGCACUAGCAAAAUGUAAAGACACGGCAUCCACACAAUUGACCGAGACACUUGAAAGAAGCAGAAACUUCUGUGAGUACGAACUAACCACUCAGUCGACGUCUGUGAAAUUCCCUGACAAUAUCUCCUUAAGAAACUAUUUCUUAUUCACUUUAUUCCCCACUGUAGUUUAUCAAGUCGAAUAUCCAAGAACCAAAAGAAUAAGGUGGUGGUACGUCCUCGAAAAAAUGUGUGCCAUUUUUGGUAUUAUAUUUUUGAUGAUGAUGUGUGCCCAACUAUUUGUCUACCCUGCCUGCAUGAGGGCAACAGAAAUGCGUCAGACUACGUGGCCCGACCUUGCUACCAGUACAAAGGAAUUUUUCUAUCUGCUAGCGGAAUUAAUCCCAGGGAUGACAAUUUUAUACCUUUUGACGUUCUAUCUGAUUUGGGACGCGAUCUUGAACUUCUUUUCUGAAUUGACAAUGUUUGCAGACCGUUACUUCUACGGUGAUUGGUGGAAUUGCGUCAUAUGGUCCGAGUUUUCUCGUAUUUGGAACGUCCCGGUGCACAAAUUUUUAUUGAGACACGUUUACCACAGUUCUAUGAACCAUUUCAAAUGGGGUAAACUUCAAGCCACUAUCUUCACGUUUGUUUUGAGUGCAAUAUUCCAUGAAUUGUCCAUGUACGUCAUCUACCAGCGGUUCAGACCUUAUUUGUUCCUAUUCCAAUUAUCGCAAUUGCCAAUGACCUACAUGUGCUCCUUCCCACCAUUAAAGGGUCAGCACGCCCUUUUGAACAUUCUUUUCAUAUUUGGUGUUUGUACUGGCCCCUCGGUUAUCACCUGCUUAUACAUAAUUUACUGA